AUUUCAGGGGCGUGGGCGAUUUGUGAUACUUUUUUGUUUUGCUGCAAGAAAAACAUAACGAUUGUUGUAGCUAGUAAAUGCCACUUUUUGGUAAGAUAGAUAUUAAUGGUCUAGAAAUUGUUGUAGUAUUUUUUUUUUUUAGGAAGAGGGGAACAUAUUAAAGAUUUAUCUUCCCGAUUUAUUUAUUUGUAGCUAGCUGGCUAUUCAGUUGCCGUUUACUAGCUAGCUUAGCUAGCUAGCCGUUUAGGAAACGUUAGAUCGAUCGCCUAUGCUUGGUUGCCCUUUCGCCAGUAAAAAGGACGAUUUUAAAAUGAAAGGAAAGCUUAGCUAACUGAAUGACAAACAGUGUAUCUGCAAAUUCAUCUAGCAAUUGUAUCAGCAUAAUCCCAGGGUGGGUGGCUUUUGACCUAGAGGGCACGGUCUUGCUAUGGACAGCUAAGAAGAGAUUGGUUGGAUGUGAUGGUCAUGUAACGAUGUCUUGUAAAUCCACCAAAGUCGCACCAAGUGUUGAUUUCGACCAUAGCUGCUCGGACAGUGUGGAAUAUUUGACACUUAAUUUUGGCCCAUUCGAGACUGUCCAUCGCUGGAGAAGGCUCCCACCGUGUGAUGAGUUUGUCGGUGCCAGACGCAGCAAGCACACCGUUGUGGCAUACAGGGAUGCCAUAUAUGUAUUCGGGGGAGAUAAUGGGAAAAACAUGCUGAAUGACUUGUUGCGCUUCGAUGUGAAAGACUGCUCAUGGUGCCGAGCCUUCACCACCGGCACACCACCUGCACCCAGGUAUCACCAUUCUGCCGUGGUGUAUGGCAGCAGCAUGUUUGUGUUUGGAGGCUACACUGGCGAUAUCUACUCAAACUCCAAUCUGAAAAACAAAAAUGACCUUUUUGAGUACAAGUUUGCAACAGGACAGUGGACGGAGUGGAAAGUGGAGGGCAGUUUGCCUGUGGCCAGGUCAGCACAUGGUGCCACAGUGUACAGUGAUAAGCUAUGGAUAUUUGCUGGCUACGAUGGAAAUGCCAGGUUAAAUGACAUGUGGACCAUCAGUCUUCAGGACCGAGAGCAUGCUUGUUGGGAGGAGAUUGAACAGAGCGGUGAGAUCCCUCCCUCCUGCUGCAACUUCCCUGUAGCCGUGUGCAGGGACAAGAUGUUUGUGUUCUCCGGCCAGAGUGGAGCUAAGAUCACCAACAACCUCUUCCAGUUUGAGUUCAAGGGCCACAUGUGGACGCGCAUCCCGACCGAACACCUGCUGCGGGGCUCCCCCCCGCCCCCCCAGAGGCGCUAUGGCCACACCAUGGUUGCCUUCGACCGCCACCUGUACGUGUUUGGAGGCGCGGCCGACAACACGCUGCCCAAUGAGCUGCACUCCUACGACGUGGACUCCCAGACCUGGGAGGUGAUCCAGCCCAGCCUGGACAGUGAGGAUCCCCUUGGAAACGAGAUGACCUCAUCUCAAGGGUCAAUUCUGAUGCCUAGUGGAAGACUGUUCCAUGCGGCCGCUGUGAUCCAGGAUGCCAUGUACAUCUUUGGGGGAACGGUGGACAAUAAUGUGCGCAGCGGGGAGAUGUACAGAUUUCAGGUGGGCGUCUGUUUUUCUUGCUACCCAAAGUGCACGCUCCACGAGGACUACGGCAAGCUGUUUGAGAACCGUCAGUUCUGCGAUGUGGAGUUCAUCCUGGGAGAGAGGGAGGAGAGAGUCCUGGGUCAUAUUGCCAUUGUGACUGCAAGAUGCCAGUGGCUGAGAAAGAAGAUCCUGCAGGCCCGGGAUAGACAGAGACAGAGGAUUAAACAACAGGAGAACAGUGAGGAGGGGGGCGAGGAGGGGGCGGGGGCCGGAGGUCCCAGGGAUAUCCCAGGGGGCACCAGGGCGUCAGGGAACCAGCCCAUGCUGGAGGUGCACAUCAGAGAGGCCGAGGCCCAGCCCUUCGAGGUGUUGAUGCAGUUCCUGUACACAGACAAGAUCCAGUACCCGCGCAGAGGUCACGUCCAGGACGUUCUGCUCAUCAUGGAUGUCUACAAGCUGGCGCUGAGCUUCAAGCUAUCGCGGCUGGAGCAGCUGUGUGUGCAGUACAUCGAGGCGUCGGUGGACCUCCAGAACGUUCUGAGCGUGUGCGAACAAGCCAACAAGCUACAGCUGGAUCAGCUCAAGGAGCACUGUCUUAACUUUGUGGUGAAGGAGACUCACUUUAACCAGGUGAUCAUGACCAAGGAGUUUGAGCACCUGUCCACCCCUCUGAUCGUGGAGAUAGUCCGGCGGAAGCAGCAGCCUCCCCCCAGGGUGUACUCGGAUCAGCCCGUGGACAUCGGCACCUCCCUGGUGCAGGACAUGAAGGCCUACUUGGAGGGCGGCGGCCUGGACUUCUGUGACAUCGUCCUGCUGUUGGACGGACACCCGCGGCCCGCCCAUAAAGCUAUACUAGCUGCCCGCUCAAGCUACUUUGAGGCGAUGUUCCGUUCCUUCAUGCCCGAGGAUGGCCAGGUGAACAUCUCUAUCGGUGAGAUGGUGCCCAGCAAGCAGGCCUUUGAGUCCAUGCUCCGCUACAUCUACUAUGGCGACGUUAACAUGCCUCCAGAAGACUCUCUCUACCUGUUCGCAGCACCAUAUUACUAUGGUUUCUCCAACAACAGGCUACAGGCCUACUGCAAGCAGAACCUGGAGAUGAAUGUGACGGUGGAGAACGUCCUCCAGAUCCUAGAGGCGGCGGACAAGACCCAGGCCUGGGACAUGAAGAAGCACUGCCUGCACAUCAUCGUCCACCAGUUCAUCAAGGGGUCUCAAACUUGCCUCCCUCGGGCCAGAUGCGGCCCGCAUGCCGAUUUCAUGCGGCCCGCAGUUGUCUUGGUGUCCAAGCUCCCCAACCUGAGGUCCCUCAGCCAGCUGCUGCUGCUGGACAUCAUCGAGUCCCUUGCCUCACAUAUAUCAGACAAGCAGUGUGCAGAGAUGGGCUCCGACAUCUAGGACCAGGCUGCUCACUUCUCGCUACCGAAGCCCUCCGUGUCUGCUCCCUCCCUCUUUAGUCAUUCCCUUACACCAGUGGAGGCUGGUGAAAGGAGAAAUGGGGAGGACGGACUCUCCUGCCCUCCCCAUUUCUCCUUCCACUAGCAGCCACUGCUAUGUAAGUGGGUCUUACAUAGCAUUUCUUCAACCUUGUCCUAAAUGUCAAUUUGUAUCUAUGCUGAGUUACCUUGUAUCAGCUCUCUUAUUGGAUCAUGUUUAAAUGAGCUGCGAGAGGAAUACUGAACAUUGGAAGAUUAUCACCUGAAUGUGUACGUCUGGGCCAGGCUUGAGAAUGCUGAUCUUCACGAUUGCGCUAGCAUGAAGUAACCUUCCCUUCAUCCUUGUUCAGUUAGCCUGAUUUAAGUUAGCCUGAUUUCAGUUAGCCUGAUUUCAGUUAGCAUGGUUUAUAAGUACCCUUUUCAUCUACUUAUUUCCUCAUAUAUUCAUCUUCUAAUUUCAGAAAUGGUGUGUAAAAAGAAAAAAGUUGAAUUCUCCUGCAUAGUAAGAGUACAUACCACAGGAGUUUGGUGGCACCUUAAUUGGGGAGAACAGGCUUGUGGUAAUGGUUGGAGCGGAAUCAGUGGAAUGGUAUCAAAUA